UAGGUACAUGUCUGGUAGAAGUUAUGAAGUCGACUAUUUUGGAAAUGUGUUAGUGAACAAGUUCUGUUCUGAUGCGGCUCUUCACUGGGCGGCUAGAGACUUGGCUUGUAAAGUCACUGCCAGGAGGAUUAACGUUGCAAUUCACAACUGUUCCAUUAACUUGCUGAGUGAGACGGGUCUUAUAAAAGGUAUACCCUUCUCGUUCCAGUCCCCCUACUCCUUUAACGCCGCGCCUCUAGACUACUCCUCCUCCUCUCUCCUCUACAUCACUGAGCUCUCUCUACAGUCCCUCAAACUUAUCUGCCAUGUAUUCCUUGUUAACUCUCAUAAACAGGCAUCAACCCUGAAGGAAGAUAUCGGAUUGCUGAAGGAGGGUUCUCUUCACGCUAAGCAGCGAACACUACAAAGACAGGUAACAGAAACACUGGAAAGACAGGCCAGUACAGCUCCCCCUACAACUCAUGUUCGCUUAUCAAGACACAGACGAUCAUUAUCUGCUGACAGACUUCCUUCUAACUUGAAGGUUCCGGACGAUAAGUUCAGGAGAUCUUCUGAAGAUAAGAAGCGGGGCUCAGAGCCGGACUAUGCUAAACUCCGUCAGCGCCGGAAAAGUACGCCUAUCAAAUGUAGAGAGAUUUACCAUGUCGAGUACAUCGGGCUGAUUGAGACGGAGAGUUCGCAGUUGCCAGAUAUUGACAAGACUGUGAAGGAAAUACAGAGAAAUAGACAAGACCAAGAUCUGAGCUCCAGUAUAAAGGGAAUGCUACAUAUCGGAUACAACGAAGUGCAGCUUCUAAACAUGGACCACGUCACCGUCAUAAGAACAUGGCCCAUCAAGAAUGUAAAGGCUUGUGCCCAGGGAUCUGGGGACAGCUGUUAUAUCGGCUGGACUUGCCGUGAAGUGUGUGGGGACUACGCUCGCAUAUGUGUUCACGUGUUCGAGGCGGUGUCGUCUGAUAUGGGAGUAACUAUUCUACAUUCAAUACAUAAGAUGUGUUUGAACGCGUACAAUCAGCUGAAGGAGUCAGACAGUGACCUGAGCAAUAAGGGUCUCUGCAAGAGCUGCCCCAUCGUCCUCUUCAACACUAUAUGUGGCAGACUCGUCGGUUUAACUCCAGAUGAGGUGGUACAGGAGUUGAGUAAUGUGAUAGAGAGUCUGACUAACGAGGAUAGUCUGGAGGUUCUUCAGAUGUUCAAGCCGGAACUGAGUGAUGUUAACGCACAGAACAGUCUUCUAGUCGGCUGUUUAAGGACGAUAUACGAGCGACAGCAGACUAAUCACUCGCAUACACCUGGGGACACCAAGCAGAAGGAGUACACGGGAGAAAAGAGGAAUCGUGCAGUGACCAUCCCUGUUGAACCGCCCCUUCAUCAGCACGUGCUGAUGACCGCGCAGGACAGAAGGUUGGGGAGGAGGCAGAAGUCGUCUGUAAGGAAAGCUAUAUACGAGAGUGUGCACUCUACGGGACACAGCAGUAGAAUAGAGGGUAUCGUAUCUCGUCACAGUGUAGAGGAACCUCACUUGUCUACCAUCAUUAGUGACAGUACAGGUUUUGAUGUAGUGACAGCUCGAGAUGUAACGCAGCUGAAACACUGGGAGACCUUGUUAACCAGACAGGAACAGAGCCCCAACCUAGACUCCUGCAGACGAGACAUUGAGGCUGCUGUCUUCGCAGGAGUACCGGACUCAGUUCGGGGACGUGUGUGGCAGACUCUGUCCCAGAUGAGAAAGUGUAAAGAUGAACCUCUGUCAUCCUCCCUCCACUACUCACAGUUAGUAGAAGGAGCUGAACCUCUUAUCAGAGACGCUGUCCUGCUUGAUAUUGGGAGAACGUUUCCGACGCAUGCGUAUUACCGGGAGGAAUUGGGACAAGGUCAGAUGUCCCUGUGUAACGUCCUGCUAGCUUACAGCACCUUCGACAGCGCUGUUGGGUACUGUCAGGGCAUUGGCUUCUUGGCCGGUCUCAUUCUAUCUUAUUUUAAAGACGAGGAGGAAGAAGCAUUUAUCCUGUUUAAAGACCUACUCACAAGAUAUGGUCUGAGGGACGUUUACAAACCGCAUAUGUCAGGGCUCAAACUAAGGUUGUAUCAGCUAUCCAGAUUGGUUCACGACAGACAUUUCAGUAUCCACGAGCAUCUCAACACACAUGAGGUAACACCGUCUCUGUACGCUGUUUCGUGGAUCAUGACAGCAUUCUCCGCCCAACUCCCCUUCGCCAUCUGUCUACGUAUUAUGGACUUCAUUUUCCUUCAGGGUAUCGAUGCUCUAUUUAAGGUGAUUUUGUACACUCUGGACGCGUCGGAGGCAGAGAUAUUGUCCCUGAAGAACUUUGAGGUUUUGAUGAACUACAUGAAAGAAACAAUACCGCAGAAAAUAGACGCUUCUUUUGAAUACAGGGUCAAGGACAUAUUCAGUUUAGAUCUAACCUUGGAACUCAGAGAGCUAGAGAUUGAAUACCAGGUGUUACACGAGGACCUAGAAAGUGCUAACAAAGCCGAACUUCUGGAGACGAAGUACAAUCUGCUGAAGCUGCAGAACAAGUGUCACAGUAACCAGAUCACCCAGCUAAACCGGGAGCUGGAGCGGAGCAGGGGAGAGAGACGGGCUCUGACAGGCCAGGUUGAGGAACUAGAGGUCCGGUUCAGGGAGGAAACUAUGGUUCUCAACUUUACCAUCUCCAAUCUCCAGGAGGAGGUAAUGAUGCUGAGGAAGAGGAACGCCAUGUUGAGGACGGUGUUAACGGGGGAGCCACCAGGUGACGAGAGUGAGGGAGAGGGUGUGGAGGGUAUGACACGUGUGGAGGGUGACGAUAUGUCACGUGUAGAGGGUGAUGGUGACGACCUGUCACAUGUUGAGGGUGAGGGUGACGACCUGUCACGUCACUCUGAUCCUCUCAGCGUUGCUAACAUCGAGUCUCUGAUUGCUGACCAGUUUCACGAAUGGAACGAGAUUGAUGACUCAUAAAAUCGAAAUAGAUCUUUGUAGAACAUUCGAAUAUAACAUUUAUUCAGUUUCCUAUUGCUACCAAUGUUCCUGAUUUGAUAUUGAAAUUGGAGUUUAUACAGCUGAUAUAACUUCUAUGGGACACUUGGUGAAAUAUAAUUUGCGAUGAAGGCUGAUAAAGAAUAGUGGGUAGAACCAGGUAUAGA